UCGUAAUUUUUAAACGUGCCAGCCAUAGAUAACUUCACUGUGUAAAGCAUUUUCGUGACUCCGCUACAGUCAGAGUAGAUUCGUCUCAGUUCACCGUAGUGUGGACAAAUUAAGAUUUUCUGUAACUGAAAGGAGAACUGAGCAUAGAAAUGGCUGCGUGGAGACAAGCAGGAUUAAAUUACAUCAAUUAUUCGCAAAUCGCUGCAAGACUUGUUAGGCAAGCCCUAAAAGCCGAAGCGAGGACAGAAGCCGUAAAACGCGAUGAAGUAAAUGUGAAAUUUACACAAUGGACGGACGGUAAACCUGCUAGUAAGNUCUAAAUCGGGAUAUCACAGAUGAGAGGAAGUCAUCCUUUCACUAGGUUCACACAUCCAUAUACAUUAUACAUGAAAGAAGAAAGAGAAAAGUUUAAUACAGUAGUAAUUUAUGUAUAAUUCCACACAUGCUCCUCUGAAGUAAACAUACUUGUUUUAAA